AUGGCUUCUCAAGGAAUGCAUCUGAUCUUAUUAAUCUUCUUUAAUCAUCUCAUUUUCUUGUUAAGUCAACAAGAAGGAGACGGUUUCAUCUACAAUGGCUUUGACCAAGCUCAAGCUGAUCUUCAUCUAGAUGGAGAUGCAAAAAUCCUCUUACCAGAUGGAUUGUUGCAGCUAACCAACGCCUCGAUGCAGCAAAUGGGACAUGCUUUCUUCAAGAAGCCAUUCCAAUUUGAUUCAUCUGAGAAGAAACUCUCUUUCUCAACUCAUUUUGUGUGCGCGCUUGUACCUAAACCAGGAGUUGAUGGUGGCCACGGAAUUGCAUUUGUUGUGUCUUCCUCCAUGGAUUUCACACAAGCAGAUCCAACUCAGUACUUGGGACUUUUCAACAUCUCAACAAACGGAUCUCCAUCUGCUCAGAUUCUUGCUGUUGAGCUUGAUACUGUCCAAAGCGCAGAGUUUGAUGAUAUCGACAAGGAUCAUGUCGGUAUAGACAUCAACAGCCUCAAGUCUAUAGAGUCUGCUUCAGCUUCUUACUACUCAGACACCAAAGGGAAGAAUCAAAGCAUAAACCUCUUAAAUGGAGAGCCUCUACAGGUGUGGGUGGAUUAUGAAGGAACUUUACUCAAUGUCACAGUAGCUCCUCUAAGAAUCAAGAAACCAAACCAUCCUCUCUUGUCAAGAUCCAUCAAUCUUACUGAGAUCUUCCCGGAUCAAAAACUGUUCUUCGGAUUCUCUGCAGCAACAGGGUCAUUGGUUAGUUACCAAUACAUCUUAGGAUGGAGUUUCAGCAGAAGCAAAGUGUUGUUGCAGAGACUGGACUUGUCAAAACUUCCUCACAUUCCUCAUCCAAGAGCUAAAAGGGAGCAGACUUCUCUGCUGCUUAUCACUCUAUUUGUGUUACUAGCAGUCAUGGUAUUGGCUGGUCUCGGAGGUGUUUACUUAUACAGGAGAAAGAAGUACGCAGAAGUCAGAGAAGCAUGGGAAAAAGACUACGGUCCACACAGGUUUUGUUAUAAAUCUCUUUACAGGGCAACAAAAGGUUUUGACAGAGAUGGUCGCUUAGGGAAAGGAGGUUUUGGAGAAGUCUACAAAGGAAACUUACCACGAAUUGGAGAUAUAGCGGUGAAGAGAGUUUGCCACGAUGCAAAGCAAGGCAUGAAACAGUUUGUGGCUGAAGUAGUGACAAUGGGAAGCAUAAAGCACAAGAACUUGGUUCCUCUUCUUGGAUACUGCAGGAGGAAAGGAGAGCUUCUUCUUGUCUCUGAGUAUAUGUCUAAUGGCAGUCUUGAUCGGUACUUGUUUCAUAGAGAAAAACCGCCUCUUCCAUGGUCGAAAAGGCUAGCGGUUUUGAAAGAUAUUGCCUCUGCUCUGAAUUAUCUUCACACAGGAGCUAGUCAGGUUGUGUUACACAGAGAUAUAAAAGCUUCUAAUGUCAUGUUGGAUUCUGAAUUCAAUGGAAGGUUAGGAGAUUUUGGCAUGGCGAGGUUUGAAGAUUGUGGAGAUAGCGUGCCUGUGACGGCAGCUGUAGGAACAAUGGGUUACAUGGCACCAGAGCUAACGACAAUGGGAACUUCUACAAGAACAGAUGUUUAUGGAUUUGGUGCUUUCAUUCUUGAAGUAGUCUGUGGAAGGAGACCUUUAGAUCCCAAGAUUCCAGCUGAGAAACGGCAUUUGGUCAAAUGGGUUUGUGAUUGCUGGAGAAGUGAUUCUCUGUUUGAUGCUAUAGAUGCAAAGCUGGGAGGUGAAUACUCAGAAGAAGAAGUCGAGAUGGUUAUGAAACUCGGAUUGCUCUGCACAAACGUUGUUGCGGAAUCAAGACCUUCCAUGGAACAAGUGGUGCAGUACAUAAACAAUAACCUCCCAUUGCCAAACUUCUCACCGGAUUCUCCAGGAAUUGGGGUUUAUACUCCGGUUUUGCUGGAAACAGCCUUCACUUCAAGAAGCUCUCUAGCUUCGCCUCAUAACUCCAUGUUUGUUACUCACACGAUCACAUACGGAGAUGGAAGGUGA